CUCUCCCUUCCCCCUCACCCACCCACCAUGGCCUCCUCCUCAUCCUCACCCCCAGAUGAACCCCCCAUCCUCUCCACCGUCGACCUCGAAAUCCGCGACACAUCCGGCUACGCCUCCUCCGACUCGGGCUACUCCGAAGCCCUCCUCUCCACCGCCUCCAUCACCUCCUCAAUCUACCAAUACGAGCUCGAAAACGGCCGCACCUACCACGCCUUCGCCCGCGACAAAAAACACGUCCUCCCCAACGACGAAAUCGAACAGGAACGCAUGGACAUCCACUACCACUCCAUGCGCCUCACCCUCGAGGAGACCCACUUCUUCGCCCCCUUGCAGACUCCUCCGGGUCCGCGAAUGAUCCUCGACAUCGGCACGGGCACGGGGAUAUGGGCCAUUGAUGUCGCGGACGAGUAUCCCGACGCGCAGGUCAUCGGGGCGGAUUUGAGUCCCAUUCAACCGAGUGCGGUGCCCCCGAAUUUGGAGUUUCAGAUUAUGGAUGCGGAUGAGGAGUGGAAUUUCUCGCAAAAAUUCGAUCUCGUGCAUACGAGGCUGAUGAACGGUUUCAGCAUCAAGUCUUGGCCGUUUUUCUACGAGCAAGCCUACAAGUCCAUGCUCCCCGGCGGAUGGGUGGAAAAUCAGGAAUUCGACCUCGCGUUCAUGUCGGACGAUGGAUCCCUCUCCCCCUCCUCCGCGACGCAGCAAUGGCUCGACCUCUGGAAUCUCGGCAUCUCCAACCUCGGACUCACAGGACGUUGCGACCCCGAAUACAUGGCGCGGGAGAUGUCCGCGGCCGGGUUCGUGAAUGUAUCAAUAAGGGCGUAUAAAAUGCCCAUCGGACCAUGGCCGAAGGAUAAAAGGUUGCGGCAAGCCGGGUUACUAUUUCUGGUGGGCUAUCUCGAAGGACUGAGUGGACUGAGUUUGAGGACGUUUACGUAUGGAUUGGGGUGGGGGGUGGAGGAGAUGGAGGUGUUGUUGGCGAAGGUGCGGACGGAGGUGAAGAGUAAGAAGUUGCAUUGUUAUGUGCCGGUGUGAGUUUUUAGAUUGUCCCUCCCUCUCGAGGGUGUGUGUUUCCGGGGUGUGAGUGCGCUGACGGGUGGUGUUAGGUAUGUUGUUACGGGGCAGAAACCGGAGGGUGCGGCGACAUGAGUGGCAGGAAAUCAUUCUCUACCCGGGAAGCCCCAUCUGGAAAAUACCCAUCAGGACCGCCAGGCCACAAGGACAGCCACCGCUGACACAGGGGGAAGAAGACGACAUGUGGACCACUACCUAGCACGAGCGAUGGACAUCAUUGUCGCCAUUUCUCACAAUCCUCUCGCGCUGGGGAGUUUGCGGAUUUUCAGCUACACCCUGAAGUUCCCCCCUCUGUGGACUGCAGGGCAUUUAAUUGAGGACUCGUCCGUCUUGUCCGAGCGAGAUGGAGGCUUAUGCACCUCCAAGAAUCCGAAACUCUCUCUCUCUCGCUCGUGGAUGUAGGAAAGAAUGGAAUUAGCCACGAAACUGCUUGGCUCUACUGGGAAUGCCACAGCAGCACGACACGGACGAGCCUAAAUGGAUGGAU